AUGGAGAAGAUAAAGAUGUCAAGCUGCAAGUACAACAAAACUACAAUACCUAAGAAUCAUAUCUCAGCUUUUGAGAACCACAUGGCGCUCUACACCAUGCCAGACUCAGUCUGGUGCAAAGCUUUCUCUUCAACUCUGGAGGGGCUGGCAGCGGAGUGGCAUGGAACCAUUCCCAAGAGUUCUGUGUACUCAUAUAAUCAGCUGAAAAGGAUGUUUAUGGAGCAUUUUAUCACCUUGGUAGAUCGAACUAAGAUGACAGCUGAGUUAAUGUCACUAUUUCAGGGGAAAGAUGAGCCCCUGAGGGAGUUUAUCACCAGAUUCAACAAGGAGGCAACAACCAUCCCAAACAUGAGCCAAGAGGUAGCGUUGCUGGCAAUGCAGAGCGGUUUGCUACCAGGCUCACCAUUUAAGAGCGCAUAUGGGGCGUAA